AUGGCGCGCAGUGGAGUCAAGGCAUGCUUGAUAUCUUUCGCCGCGGCCUUCGCCGGCGGAUAUGUCGUGGCCCUGAGCUACUCCAACGCCUUCACCGCGGGCUUCGCCCCAGCCGCAACGGCGACGAAGGCCCGCCUCGCUGCCGCCGACGAGCGCGCGCUUAGGGGAGCACUUGCAACAAAUGUUGAAGUCAAGACAGACUACACGGCGCUGGCUGUUGGUGGGGCCCUCGGCCUGGCCACGGCCGCGUCGCUUAUUCGCAGCCGCAACGCAGCCCGCCGUGCAGCCAAGGCGCCAACCAGGAGGCAGGCGACUAUCACGGCCACGAUGGAGACCGAGCCGGCCGUGGAUGACGAGGAGAACGUCCCCGUCAAGAAGACGUCCGUGCUCGUUAUGGGCGCCACAGGAACGAUUGGCCGACAGGUCGUUCGACAGCUGCUGAACGCGGGCUACUCCGUUCGAUGCGUGUUGCGAAACCGUGCCGAUCGGCAGUUCUCCUUCUUGGUUGACUGGGGCGCCACCGUCGUUGAAGGUGAGCUCCUCCGCGCAGAGAGCUUGCCAAGCUCAUUGGUCGGCAUCCACACUGUGGUGGACUGCUCGACAGCUCGCCCCGAGGAGUCGAUCUACGACAUCGACUGGGAGGGCAAGAAGCGCCUGAUCCAGUGCUGUGAGAAGAUGAAGAUCCAGAGGUAUGUCUUCCUGAGCAUCAAGGACUGCGACAAGUAUCAGGGUGUCCCUCUCAUGAGGAUCAAGUACCUCACCGAGAAGUUCCUUGCGCAGUCGAACUUGCGCUACACGGUGCUUCGCAUCAGUGGCCUGAUGCAGCCGUUGAUCUCCCAAUACGCUGUCUGCGUAUUGGACGACCAGAAGGUGUGGGGCGACGAUGGGAGCAUGCCAGGUAUCGCCUACGUGGACUCCCAGGAUGUCGCGCGGUGGACCGCCUCUGCGAUGGUGAAGGAGCGGACGAUCGGGAAGACCCUGACGCUCACGGGCCCCAAGGUGUGGUCCACAAACGAGAUCAUCAAGCUUUGCGAGAAGCUGUCGGGUCGUGAGGCGGACAUCAACACCGUCUCAAACGGUCAGAUGCAGGCGACCAUGAGUGCGGCCUCUUUCUUCGACUGGUCCAUCGACGUUGCCGAGCGCCUCCGUUUCGUGGAGGUGAACCAGCUGGGAUCUUCAGGCACCCCGAUGAUGAUGACGACCGAGGAUUACGGGCUGCUGGGCAUGGACCCCAACGCCACGCGUGGUCUCGAAGAAUACAUCGGGGAGUACUAUCGCCGAGUGUUCAAGAAGCUCAUGAAGGGCAAGUAUGAGCCAGAGGAAGGUGAGCUGGAACGUGAGAAGGCCGAGGCGGAUGCCAAGUUGGAGAUGGCGUUGGCCACCGACACCACGGACAAGCUUCCAGAGGGGCAGCCUGAAGAGCAGGAAGUUCUCAUCGGGGAGCAGCGAGACACCGCCGAAAGACUGCAGAAGUACUUUGAGGACAAGAUCCUGACGGAGAUGGAGGAC